AUGAGCAAUAACAAUCAAUCUAAUAAUCCCAAUUCAUCAAAUAGUUUACCAAUGUUUAAUUUUCCACCAUCACCUCUAACUUCUAUACCACCACCAUCAGCAGCCAAUGCUGCUAAUAUGUAUCAAUCAUAUAUGCAAGCUGCUAUGUAUGCAUUUCAUCAACAACAUCAACAACAAUUUUUUCAACAGAUGUUUUCUGUUCCUCCUCCACCUCUACCUACAUCUAACAUUCCAAAUAGACCAUCAAUAUCUGUAGAUAAUAAUAAACAGAAAAAAUCAACAGAUAGUAAACAAUUUUUAAAUUUAAAUAAUAAUUCUCAAGAUCGAAAACGAAAUUGUUUUCCUUCAUCUUCGUUACGUGAUAAUAAUAAUAGACAAAUAGGAAAUAAACGUCCAUAUGAACAAUCAUCUCGAAAUUUUGAACGUCGAGAACCACCAUUAUCAUCAAAAAGACGUCGAAUAAAUAAUAAUAAUACAAUUGAAGAUGAAUAUCAUGAUUCAAGUUCUGAUGACGAAGAAACAACAACAAAUGAUAUACCUACAACUAAAAUUAAACCACAAUAUGUACGUACAUGUGCAUCAGAAUUAUAUUAUAAACGUGAUGAACAAAAUUCUCGUCUGAUUCACGGAACACAAAAAUUGAAAGAUCUUUGCGCAAAAUUUCGUAGUGAAGUACUUGCACAACGUGAAAAAUUUCGAAAAGAAAAUAAAAUAUUCGAUGAACCUGAUCAUACAAAUAUUUUCCAUAAAGCAAAACAAUUUGGUUCACAUAUGAAAACUAAUAAACCUGAAAUGAAACCAAAAGAAAGUUCAAGUGAAAGUGGAGAAGAUGAUGAAGAAGCAGAAGAAAGUGAAGAAGAAGGAGAAGCAACAGCAGUGAGUUUAGCAAGUGAUAAUUUAUUAACGUUGGAAAUUGAACGUAAACAACAAGUAAUAAAUCGUUUACAUUCCGAACUUUGGUUUAAUGAAUAUAAACAAGGUAAUGAUGGUCCUGUAUGUCGAUGUAGUAAUGAUGAUCGAAAAUUUGGAAUUCGUCAUCAAAUGUUUUAUGGUGAAAAAUUAAUAAAUCCAUGUGAAAAAUGGAAUAAUAAUGCUGGUCGACUUUAUCAUUAUCGUAUUACUUUAGCACCAGAAACGAAUUUUAUUUUAAAAGAACCAACAGUGAUAAAUUAUGAUGAUCAUGAUUAUGUUUUUGAAGGUUUUUCCGUUCUUUCUCAUGUAUCAUUAGAAAAAGUGAAUGAUUGUAUUGUUGUUUAUCAUAAUAUAGAUUAUGCAAUUGGUUUAGAAGAAGAAACAUCUUUAGAACAUUAUACAAUUGAAGAAUUAGAUCUUAUUCAACAAUAUCUUCUUAUAGAUAUAUGUGAACUAUAUGAUAUUCAAUGGCGACCAUUGAAUAAUAAUAAUGAUACAUCAACUUGUACAUGUUAUCAUUUUUUUCCUCGUUUUGCUCGUAUUUUACCUGAUAAUGGCAAAGAAUUACUUCAUCCCGCUGAACAAAUACAAUAUUUUCUUAAACAUCUUAAACCUUUGAUGCCUAAUGAUUUACACACACGUUGUAAAUCCAUGUCUGUCGAUGCUUGGGAUAAAUAUGUAUCGAAAGUACAAGGUUCAAUUGUCUGGUUUCCAAAACAUCGUCCAGCUGCUAUUAGACUUGAUCAACUUGAUCGAGAAGAUAGUUCUUAUCCAGUUAUUGUUCAUUUUGGUAUUCGUCCUGCUGUUUUAUCUAUUCAGUAUAAUCAGGAAUAUCGUCAAGCAUAUAAAUCGUAUUUAAAAGUAUUUUUUCUUUUAAAAAAUCGUACACCAACUGAUGAAGAUAAAGCAAAUUUACGUGAUAAAGAACAACGUUUAAAACAAAUUGUUGCUAAACAUGCUGAACAAUUAAAACGUGAAAUUGUUGUUGAAAUUUCAUCUGAAUAUGCCUAUCGUACUGGUUUUAAAUCUGAUAUCAUUCAACAUUCAUUAUUAUUAUCAUCUUUACAUGAUCAUUUACGUUUUCAUCAAUCAUUAACAGAAUUAGAAAAUCAAUUAGUUGGAUAUAGAUUUCAAAAUCGUUGGUUAAUGCAAUUAGCAUUAACACAUCCAAGUGGAAAUUAUGUUCUACAUAAUAAUCUUGGUCCAAAUCCAGAUCAUGUUAAAAACACUUUGGCAAAUUGUCGAAUACGAAAUACAGUUUAUGGUGAUAGAAAACAAUUAUUUCGACCAAUAACUAAACGUGGUGUAUCGACAUUAUUUAAAAUAAUGGCUAAAAAAGCUAAAACAUGUGAACAUAUAUCAGAAAUAACAAAUUAUGAACGAUUAGAAUUUCUUGGCGAUGCUUUAUUAGAAUUUCUUGUAUCAAUCCAUUUAUUCUUUUUAUUUCCACAAUUUGAUGAAGGUCGUUUAUCAACAUUUCGUGUUGGAUUAAUUCAAAAUCAUUUUUUUACAUCAUUGGCACGUAAUCUUUGUUUACAACAUUUUAUUAUUUAUAAUCAUGGACCUGAUUUAUGUUCACAUUCAGCACUUAAUCAUGCAUUAGCUAAUUCAUUUGAAGCAUUAAUGGGUGCUAUUUAUCUUGAUGGUGGAUUGGCAAUUAUUGAUAAGAUUUUAUCGAAAAUUCUUUUUCAUCAAGAUAAACCUUUAAGUGAUAUAUGGGAUAGUUUAACACAAUAUCCAUUAAAAAUUCAAUAUCCAAUUAGUGAUAGACAUUUAAUUGAACAAGUACCUUUAUUACAAAAAUUAACUAAAUUUGAAGAAGAGAUUGGAGUAGAAUUUCAACAUAUUCGAAUGUUAGCUCAAGCUUUUUGUACUAGACCAAUACCUCAAAAUGAUUUAACAAUUGAAGACAAUGAACGAUUGGAAUUUCUUGGUGAUACUGUACUUAAUUUUGUUGUAAGUGAUUAUUUAUAUCGUCAUUUUCCUGAACAUCAUGAAGGUCAUUUAUCAUUAUUACGUUCAUGUACAGUAUCAAAUCCAACCCAAGCUGUGAUUUAUGAUGAAUUAGGUAUGCAAGUCUAUGUUGAUUAUGUUCGUGAACAACUUCGCAUAACAACACCGAAAAUAAUUGAAAAAUCUUUAAAAGCUAAAGCUGAUGUAUUUGAAGCAUUUAUAGCUGCUUUAUUUAUUGAUCAAGGUUUAGAAUCCAUUUAUGCAUUUUGUCGGGCAACAAUUUUUCCACGAUUACAAGAUUUUAUAUCAACACAACAUUGGAAUGAUCCAAAAUCAAAUUUACAACAUUGCUGUUUAGCAUUACGUGAUCCAAAUGAUCGAAAUCCUCCAUUACCUGAAUAUCGAGUUUUGAAAUCAAUUGGCUCAUCAAAUAAUGUUCAAUAUAAAGUUGGCGUUUUCUUUCGUAAACAACGUUUAUCUAUUGGUAGUGGACGAUCAAUACAUGAUGCUGAAAUGGCAGCUGCAAAAAAUGCAUUAGAACAACAUGCACAAAUGUUUCCAUUAUUACAUUAUCAAAAAUCUGUUUUAGCUUCAUCAAAUCAUCUUCAUCAUUCAAAACGAAAAAUAUCAAUAGCUUCAACAAUGAAUUCAAAUGAGAAUAAUCGUCAAAAACCAUUUUCAUUACGAAAUAUAAAAACAAGAAGUGAAGUUUCAGCAAUGAUAAUUACGUCAGCAAAAGUCAAACGUUAG